AUGACCAUAAGAGAAAACAUUUCCCACCUGUUUUCAAGAAGUCAAAAAACGGUAAUCGAAUUGACAGAAAAAAUAUGGUCAUUAACAGGAGCCUUAAGGCUACUUCAGAGUAUUCUUCCCAAGGAGGUUGGAGCAAUCUUGAGCAAGUUCUUCUUAUACCGAGUUGGAUCAUUUUUCAAUCUCUACAGUGAGAUGAAGAUUGAGGAGCUCAAUAAAUCAAAUGAUUAUGGUUUAAAUUCUCUGUAUUUCAUGGCAGAAGAAUAUGUGGGAAACCUAGAGAGCAUCACCGAGGCUCGAAGAUUAUGCUUGAGUGACAUAGCAUUUAGCAACAAAGAUGGUAUGAGGAUAAGCCCAGACAAUGGUGAAGUAAUUUGGGACUGCUUUCAGGGAGUCACUGUAUGGUGGACCAUGUCCAAGACCAAAACCUUCAUUAACAAGCACAGUUCGCUCGAGUCUCACAUUCUCACGGUCAGAGCCAAGAAUCCAGACAUAGAUUUUUUUCAUGCUUAUUUUUCACACAUUGAAAGAAGUUCAACCAACUAUACUAAAACAGAUAAUAAUCUCGUAAUCUCACUGAAUAACAAACACAGUAAAGAAUUUAAUGAACGCAUUGGGCGUUCUUGGAAACGGGGGUAUUUCCUUUAUGGGCCUCCUGGAACGGGAAAAACAAGCCUCGUUGCAGCAAUUGCUAAGUAUAUGAAAUACGAUCUUUUCGAACUUAAGCUCUCCAAGGUGAAAGACAAUAGUGAGCUACGUCAGCUUUUAGGGAAAACGUGGAACAAAUCUGUUAUUAUUAUUGACAUGCAGUCCAACGUAGCUCUCCCUCGCACCAGAACAGCACAUUUCCUUCGGCAAACUGAUCUCUGA